CGCUCAUUGACUACGGUCUAGGCGCCGGAAGCAGGAAAGGUGCAACACUAGGUUUAGUUGGUUAAUCAAAAUAUUAAUAAUCACCAAUGUAUGCAUUAAUUAAUACAUUAAUAAACAGUAUAAAAUCUAAUAACGAAUAAUAGUAUACUCAGUCACCUUUUCACCUAUACUACAAAGCUGACAAAUUUGGUUUUAGCAUUUUUUUUAAAUAAAAAAACACAAAAUAUGGCCCCUGCAUAAUUAGACUUUUCAGUAUGUGGGGGCCAUAUUGUGGAAGUAUCAACAUUAUCGAUAUUUUGAUUUGAGAAUCGAUAUUAAAGCAUAAAUAAUGAGUGGUAUCUUUCCGCACAUCACUAGCGAAAGGGACAAGUGGUAGAAAACGUGCGGAGAGAAGAAAAUAGUUAGCAUGGUCUAAAAUGGUAGAUGUGAAAAGCAUUCCUCUGUGGUGCGCAUAAAAGUCACUCUCCGUCGACUUGGGAGCAGUGAGACUGCAGGAAGUGCUGAAUUCCAGGAGCUAGUUGGCUUAGUUGUUAGCUGCUAACAAAGACGCAGAAGUUGCCAACACAUCGCUGAGAGCUAAAUAUCAUCUUUGACCAGACUGUGGGAUCUUAAGGGCUCGUCGUCAUGGGACCGAAGAGAACCCCAGCGGCGGAGGAAAACGAGGACAUUAAAAAGUCACUUCAAUUUCUUUCACAAGACGUAAAUGACAUACGGAUUAAACAGGAUAUAAUUCUUAAACUUGUGGAUGAAGUCACGGAGCUCCGUAUGUGCAUCCAGGAGAGGGAUAAGAAGAUUGGCGAGUUGGAGAGGAAAGUGGAAGAUCUGGAGCAGUAUUCUAGACUGAAUGAUGUGAUUGUGACGGGGCUAAAAGUUCAACCCCGCUCAUAUGCACAUGCUGCGGGGAGCGAGAGUGCAUCUGGGGACCCGGAGGCUGGCUCGGUGGAGGAGCAGGUUGUGGACUUUCUGGCUUCCAGAGACAUUCAUCUGGACAAGAACUCAAUCGAAGCGUGUCAUCCUCUGCCUGCGAAGAGGGACGUCAUGCCUGCUGUCAUCCUGAGCGUGAGCCUGGAUGUUCAUGGCGACAGAAUGACGUGGAGGUUCGCCCCCUACCUGUUUCUCAUUGUGUUUUCCCGCCUGAUUGAUUUGUCAAAAGGAGGCUGUAACGAUUACUUGACAGAGGAACAAUGGGAAAACAACAUUGUAAUGGAAAUGGUGGACCUCGUGAUCCCAAAGAACGUCAUGGACGUGGCCGAGUGCACGUUUGAGAAAUACAGUCGGCAGAAAACUUCUAUGGACAAUGUGCGGGGAGACUGCUUUAACAAAAGAGGUACAGAAAAAAAUGAAGACUGCACACCUGCGUGGAACGCCACAGUCCAUAGGCACCACUUAAUGUGCCUACUUGCCAUGGCCUCCCAUAAGUCAAUAAAUGGCUGUGAAUAUGACAGUGUUUGUCCAUUAUUUGGGUUCACGCCGCCUGUGCCGACAACGCCGUCAACAACGACAAGCCCACUGGCAGCAUCACUGGGGGUCACGGCAGAAAAUGCAAAGCUCGAAAACGAACAAGCAAGUAAAAGCAGCUACGUGUUCACCCUGGAAGUACUGGUGGGGCUCUUUUCAAGUCUUUCCCUGGUGCUGCCUGUGGCCGUGUACUUUUACAUGCGUCGUCAGACGAGGCAGCAACGCACAUGCAAAUUCUGGCAACACAUGUGUGUCCUACUUCCGGAAACAAAGGCAGUUGGACUUACCACCGAUGAAUUCCCAGUCGCGCUGGGAAAACCUAGAGCUAUUGCAGGUAAAUCUACAGAAGGUCCACGGUUCCUAUAUCGACAUGCAUGAAGGUCAACCUCGGGGAGUACGCUUCAUUGGCUGUGAAACAUUCGACGGGAGGAAAAAGUCGCUUUGUUCUGCUUGAAGGGGAGUGGAGCGAUGGAACAAAGGCCAUCAUGCCUGUGAAACAAGAAAUAUCCACUCCAUAUAUAACAGUCAUAUAUGCCUCAAAAAAGUAUGGAUUUUGUUAUUGUUCACACUCACAAUGUUUGUCAGGUGUUACACUGUUUUUAUGCUUUACUUCACAAGACGCCCAUUCCACUACGAGGAAUUUAGUGCAAAUAUGCAUUUCAUUUUAAUUCAAUGAGCUAAUAUUACUAGUUAUGAUACAUACAUGCAGAGCUAGCCGCUUCCUGCUCUGCCAUUAAAUAGAACACAGUGACCAUGUUAGUUGCUGUUAGUCUUAAACCUCAAGAUGCAGAGAUGGCAGGCGUAGCAUGACUUUAAAGGCCUAUCUGAAAUGAGAUGUUCUUAUUUAAAUGGGGAUAGCAGGUCUAUUCUAUGUGUCAUACUUGAUAAUUUCGCAAUAUUGCCUUAUUUUUGCUGAAAGGAUUUAGUAGAGGGCUUCACGGUGGCAGAGGGGUUAGUGCGUCUGCCUCACAACACGAAGGUCCUGCAGUCCUGGGUUCAAAUCCAGGCUCGGGAUCUUUCUGUGUGGAGUUAGCAUGUCCUCCCCGUGAAUGUGUGGGUUCCCUCCGGGUACUCCGGCUUCCUCCCACUUCCAAAGACAUGCACCUGGGGAUAGGUUGAUUGGCAACACUAAAUUGGCCCUAGUGUGUGAAUGUGAGUGUAAAUGUUGUCGGUCUAUCUGUGUUGGCCCUGCGAUGAGGUGGCGACUUGUCCAGGGUGUACCCCGCCUUCCGCCCGAUUGUAGCUGAGAUAGGCGCCAGCGCCCCCUGCGACCCCGAAAGGGAAUAAGCGGAAUAAGUGGAUGGAUGGAUUUAGUAGAGAACAUCGACGAUAAAGUUCGCAACUUUUGAUGCUGAUAAAAAAGCCUUGCCUGUACCGGAAGUAGCAGACGUUGUGCGCGUGACGUCACGGGUUCUGGAGCUCCUCACAUCUGAACAUUGUUUACAAUCAUGGCCACCAGCAGCGAGAGCGAUUCGGACCUAGAAAGCGACGGUUUCCCCAUUAAUUUGAGCGAGGAUGAAAGUUUUGUGGAUGAAGAAAGUGAGAGUGAAGAACUAGGAAAAAAAAAAGACUAUACAUUCAGACGUUAUUAGACAAAUUUACUAGGAUAAUUCUGGAAAAUCCCUUGUCUGUUUAUUGUGUUACUAGUGUUUUAGUGAGAUUAUAUGGUUGUACCUGUACAACCUGAAGGUCGGCCCCGCACCGUUCUUCAGUACCAGUCGACGGGUGGUGGCGAUGCCCAUCUCUGCCCUUUGCAAGGGACCCUCUUCGAAACACAAUAUUUAGAAAUGAUCGCCGCAUAAUACACUGUACUUUGUGUGUGUGGUCCAAUCUAACCGUGUUCGCUUGACCGCUCUGUUCCAUAGUAAAGCUUCACCGUCAUCUUUCGGGAAUGUAAAUAAUGAAACACCGGCUGUGUUUGUGUUGCUAGAGGCGGCCGCAAUACACUGCUUACCACCUACAGCUUUCUUCUUUGACGUCUCCAUUAUUCAUUGAACAAAUUGCAAAAGAUUCAGCAACACAGAUGUCCAUAAUAAUGUGGUAGUAUGCGCUGAUAACAGACGACUUAUAGCUGCGAACGGUGCUGGAACAAAAUGUCCUCGACAAUGCUUGACAUCACGCGCACGCGUUAUCAUACCGUGACGUUUUAGCAUGAUACUUCCGCGCGAAAUUUAAAAUUGCAAUUUAGUAAACUAAACCAGCCGUAUUGGCAUGUGUUGCAAUGUUAAGAUUUCAUCAUUGAUAUAUAAACUAUCAGACUACGUGGUCAGUAGUAGUGGGUUUCAGUCGGCCUUUAAUGUCAAAAAGAAAAUAGUGCAACUAGUACGUGCACAUGCAAGGAACACAGGAAACAGGCAACAGGAAACAAUAAUUGAGCCCUGACUGGAGGGCGAGGCAGGCAUACAUAGCAGCCUGGUGUGGCUAGGCUGCCAAUCAGCGGCAGGUGAGGGGAAAAAGCUCUCAGGGAGACAAGCAGGAAAAGGAACCAAACGUAGGCAUGCUACACAGGAAAUAAACACAGUCCAAGGAAACACAACCAGGCGUGAAUGUGACAGAUCAUCACAGUACCCCCUUCCCAUUUUAGGGACGGAUUCUAGAUGUGUCCCCCCAAAAACAAGGUUCAAAAGUCACGGAAGGGUGGAGAGGGCAAGUCAUGUGGCGGUGACGCAUUGAAUGCCGCUGCAUCUGGCGAGGUGAGCAACCACGGAACGGCCACUCUCUUAGCCGAUGAGGAGGAGGCGUGUGGGCGUCUGAUGACUUCUUGUGCGGGCAGGUAAACUGUAGGUUGUAGAAAUUACUCCAGGACAAGCACCGACGAAGAUUGUGGUGCCGUGGGACAGCCUGUUGGAGACAAAGAUGAAGGCCCGACUAAGACGAAUAUGACGGCCCGCCGAAGACGAAGAUAACUGUGCCGUGGGACAACCAGUCAGAGACAGAGAUGACGUUUCCAGAGCUGGAGCAGCAGGCGGCUGGGCUGUCGGUGUGUCCCGAGCUGGAACAGCAGGCGACUGGGCUGUCACUGUGUCCCGAGCUGACGUCUGCGAUGGCUUCUCUUGAAGAGGUGAGAGCUAUGCUUCUCCUGUCGCACAGCUGACCUUAGCCCCCCCCCUCAAGGGAUGGAUUCCAGAUGUCCCAAAAAAUGCUGAGGGAGCGGGGAAGGACCUUGCGGGUUUCGGGUCCGUUCCAGGGGGGCGGGAGCCGAAGAACCAGUCCUUGCAGCACUCAACCCACAAAGCUUGUCCAUCAAGGAGACCAAGUGGGUGCACUUCUCCUCGGUGGCUUUCUCCCGAGUAGCCAUUUGUUGCCUCCAGACUACUUACCAAAUCUCUGCUGGGUUCGUAUUUGGCUCGAUGAUUCUGUCAGGUUUUGUUGGUCUUGAACCCCAAGAUGCAGAGAUGGCAGGCGUUGCACAAGUAAACAUGACUUUAAUGUCAAAAGGAAAUAGUGCAAUUGGUAUGUGCACAUGCAGAGAAUAGGAAACAAUCAUGGAGCACUGACUGGAGGGUGAAGCAGGCAUAAAUAGCAGCCAGCUGAUUGACAACAGGUUUGGCCAGGCUGCCAAUCAGCGGCAGGUGAGGGUAAAUAGCGCUCAGGGAGACAAGCAGGAAAAGGAACAAACAAGAGCGCGACACAGGAAAAAAACACAAACCAAGGAAACACAACCAGAUGUGAAUGUGACAGAUCGACAGAUCGUCACAAACAUAAUUCACAAAGCUGUCACAUAGCCUCCUUUGUCCCACAGUGUUAGGGCUCAUCUCAAAAAUGUAUGGUACCGGGAUCGAAUCCCGGUCAAAGUAGAGUCUGGAAUAAUACAAAAAUGAUGUUUUAUUAAAAUUAUUUCACACACACGCAUACUUUUUCCUCCGUGAAUUAGUUUUAGUACAAAACAUACAACAGUAUAUAAAAAGGAUAACAAAUAAAUAGAUUUAUAAUCAUCCAACUUUUGUUGUACUUAAAAAUGUAUAACAAUUGUAUACAAAUAGUUUGAAUAAAAAGGUGUGACUUUUUUUUUAUCAAUUAGCCUGCUAUAACCUGAUGAGCAAACACACACCCCACCUCAUUAUUUCGGCGUCCGACUACUGCGGAGGUUUGUAUUUACUGUACUCUACUCAUUCAGUUCACCAAACUACAACUUUCAAGUUCAUGUUCAAAGUUGAAUUGUUUGGUUAAAAUAUGAGUUGCUGAUUACAAACUUCAACAUUAAAUGUGACUGCACGAAUGUAGCGAUAUGAACUUUUCACAUCAUGGUUAUUGUGAUUGAAAUGAUCACGGCAUUGCUGAAUGUGAUGAAAAACUACUUGUACACAGUUGUUUAUUUUUAAAUAACUAAAAUAAAUAUGUUAGAAAACCCA